AUGGAAAACGUUCAACAAAUCAUCAACGAAGAGCACCGCGAGCACGACCGUCGCGAGGGCAUCAGAGAAAAGUUCUCCGAUGGCUACGACUCGAUGAAAGAUACAGCUCAAGACUUGAAGGAGACCUUCAUCGGAAAGCCCUCCGAGACGCCGGAAGAGGAGUUCCGCCACAAGGUGGGGCAUUUCGCCGACGAAAUGGCCGAAUGUCUGGACGAUCAGUGCACAACUGAUGUGUUUGGGGCGGCCGAAGAGCCCUUCCAUCAUCUGAGCCAUAAAUAA